AUGAAGCGAUUAUUGCUUAAUUUCCUCUUUGGCGCUUCGGCCCUGGCCGGGUUCACCAGCACCGGGUGUCGCUGCAGACCCCAGAACAGUUGCUGGCCUUCAACCCAGGAGUGGAAUGCUUUUAAUAGCUCUAUUCAAGGAAACCUUGUGCCUGUCCGGCCCGCUGCUGCUGUCUGUCAUGUACCGAAUCUGGACAGCUCCAUGUGCGACGAAGUCAAAAAACAAUGGACCAAUUCCACAUGGAGAGCGGCCCAGCCUGGAACAGUUCAGUGGGAGAAUUGGGAAUCCUGGCCUGAAGACAACCAGACCUGCUAUAUCGAGAGCUCCCAAAGCACACCCUGUGGACAAGGUCGUAUCUCACUCUACUCUGCCCUCGUCCAGUCUGCAUCGCAAAUCCAAAAGACAGUUCGUUUUGCGAAGCAGCAUAACCUUCGACUCGUGAUCAAAAAUUCGGGCCAUGAUUUCAUGGGUCGUUCCACAUCUCCGGAGUCCUUGCAAAUCCUGACCAACGGGAUGAAAGAUAUUCGACUUGUCAAUGCCUUUGUGCUAGCUGGUGCCCCAGAAAAUAAAAGCGAAGGCCCUGCCGUCACCAUCGCAGCUGGAGUCAGCUUGCAGGACCUUUACUCUGCUGUUGUAGCACAUAAGAGGACGGUCGUCGGAGGGACUUCUCACACCGUUGGAGCGGCUGGAGGGUAUAUCCAAGGGGGCGGCCAUUCUGCCCUUGGGGUAUGGAAAGGAAUGGCUACAGACAACGCUCUCGAAUUUCAUGUUGUGACGGCGAAUGGAACUCUGCUAUACGCCAAUGCCUACCAAAACCUCGACUUGUUCUGGGCAUUGCGUGGGGGCGGCGGAGGCUCGUUUGGUGUAGUGCUCAGCGUCACACUGCGUACAUUCCCCGAAGUUCCCGUCGUUGUCGCCAAUCUCAAUAUAUCAACGCCCAUCGGAAACCCACAAUUUUGGACAGCUAUGACCGAGGUCCAUGCGGCUUUACCUGGUCUUAAUGACGCUGGAGGCUCUGGAUAUUAUUUCAUCUAUCCAAAUUACCCCGUCAGCAAGAAUUUCAGUGCCUCAACCAUGACUUUGGUAACAACUUUCCCGAACAAUACCAACACUGCAAAAAUUGAUCACCUAUAUGCCCCAUUGCGCUCGAAAUUGAACGGAGCAUCUGGUAUCACGGCCCAGUAUCAAUCUUUCGUUUUGCCAAGCGUCAGAUCUGUUUACUCGACCAUCCUGAUACCUGGAAAUGACGAUGUGACCGCAGCUUCUCUACUGAUUUCCGCUCUGAAAACCCUCAGGUUUGACCCGGGACAGUCAAUUUUAGGCCAUAUGGUGGCAGGAGGUGCUGUCUCAGCAAAUGGAAAGACGGUGGAUAGUGCAGUGAACCCAGCAUGGCGAGAAGCUAUCACACAUAUCAUUAUUCCUCGAGUCUGGGAGGCCAAUGCAACACUCGCAGAGCAGGAAGCGAUCAAGCAUAAUGUGACCAACGUUGACGUGCCGAUUCUGCGGUCUGUGGAGGGGGAUAAGAUGGGAGCAUAUUUGAACGAAGCCGAUCCCUCUGAAACUGACUUCCAAAACUUCUUUUGGGGCGAAAAUUACCCUCGGCUGUACGAUAUCAAGAAGAAGUGGGACCCAACAGGUUUGUUCAUCACUCGUAGAGGAGUCGGCAGCGAGGACUGGGAUGGUGAGGGUUUGUGUUUGGCGGCAUAA